CAAGAUAUCGUCGAGUGUUCCGCGUCGUCGUCGUCAUCGUUGUCAUCGUCGUCGCCCCGCGCGAAUCAACUCCGGAGCAAAAGGAUGGAGGCGGACUACCAGCCGACGCUGAGUCCGUCGCGGACUUUGACAGCAGGAAUAGGUAAUGACUGUGAAGAUCCAUAUCCGAGCUUGUCAGAUUAUCAUGAUUACGAACCAAAUCUGGAAUUUGAUGAUACAGAAUUACAAACUACUUCAAACAAUGCGACACGGCUUUUGGAAGAAAAAUUGGAUUUGGUGAGUGGCAGCAUGGGUGCCGGGAUGGAUUAUUUGGAGAGUCCAGUAAGCGAUGGCACGAUCGAGGAGAACUUUGAGGAGGCAUUGGUAGAUGCUCCAGUUAUCGAAUCUGCGGACGAUCCUGCUUUAGACGAAGAGCUCGCCGAUGAAGAAGAUUAUCUUGACAUAUCCAGGCAUGGUAUUGUGGAGGUAGUCGGCGAUGAUAGUGCUGGACGUAAAAUAAUUGUUGUGUCAGCUUGUAAAUUACCUCCUAUCGGAAAGGAGACUUUUAAUCACGCUAAACUCCUCAGGUACCUUACGCAUACUUUGGACAUGUUUGUGGAACAAGAUUAUAGUCUCGUUUACUUUCAUUAUGGCCUUACAUCGAAAAAUAAGCCACCCUUGUCUUGGUUGUGGCAAGCGUAUAAAGCAUUUGAUAGGAAAUACAAGAAAAAUCUCAAAGCCCUUUACCUAGUACAUCCGACUAAUUUCAUUAGGAUUGUGUGGCAGAUAUUUAAACCGGCAAUCAGUGUAAAGUUUGGACGAAAAAUGAUGUAUGUUAAUUAUUUGGAGGAACUGGCGCAAUACAUUAACUUGGAUCAACUAAUUAUACCACCUCAAGUGAUAGAACACAAUGAACAAUUGCUAUUGAAAAAUAAGAAGAAUUUGCCAGCGAGUCCGCCACAAAGCGCGGUAGUUACGCCAGUUGGAACGACUCAGUUUGGUGCUAGUCUGCAAUUCAUAAAAGAAAAUAACAACGGCGAUCCAAUACCACCAAUUCUAAAGCAAUGCGUAGAGUUUCUUGAUACACCUGACGCUCUAGAAACAGAAGGAAUAUUCAGAAGAUCGGCUAACGUGGCAGUUAUCAAAGAACUUCAGAAUCGCUGUAAUCAAGGUUUACCCAUUGAUUUUCAAGGGGAUCCGCAUAUCGCUGCGGUUUUACUUAAGACUUUUCUCCGUGAAUUAGACGAACCUCUCAUGACUUACGAACUGUAUGAUGAAAUCACGCAAUUCCAAACAUUAUCAAAAGACGAACGUCCCCGUAAAGUUAAAAUAUUAAUAUUGGAGAAACUUCCCGAAGACAACUACCAAGUUCUUAAAUACAUCGUACAAUUUUUAUCGAGAGUAAUGGACCGUUGCGACUUGAACAAGAUGACUUCUAGUAAUCUCGCGGUCGUAUUUGGACCGAAUCUAGUUAGAGCACCGCCAGCACGUGGAAUGUCCCUCUCGGCAAUAGGACCCAUCAAUCAGUUCAUAGACUUUUUAUUUACCUAUCAAGAUAAGAUAUUUAUUAUUUAAAAGCGACAGAGCAUCGAAGGCCUAAUUGUAACAUUCAAUUAUCACACGUCCGCAUUUUCAUUUAUCGAAAUAUUUUUAUAUUCUACGUGAUAGAGGAAGAAACACUCAACUGUUUGUUUACACGUGAUAUUGCACAAGAUUUUUUUAUACUAAUAGGUAUAAUAAUUUUCGGACGAAAGAAAGUGAAAUGUUCGAAUAGAUAUCGGCUGUGCGAUGUUGAAACGCCAGCUCUAAGAGAAACAUGUCCGCGUAUAUUUAGAGAAAAAUUACGACCAAAUACCAAAGAUACAUGAGAACGUCACACAGUGAGUAUAAUGUAAAUGUAAGAUUAUCUAGAAAUAAUGUUUAUCUAUUUAAUAACGCUUAGAAAAUAAUAUAUUCGAGAAUGAAAGAAGAUAUCGAGCGAGAUGCCUCUGUUGUCGUGAAAUCGCAAUUUGCCCCGAUUUCGUUUCGAUUAAUCUGUAAUAUUUAUAAUGAAACUUUUAAACAACGAAUUAAUUUCUUUUAGUAAGUUACAUGAAUUAUUAUUUUGUGUAUAAUUUUUAAGAUUUUAAUUAUUUUUUUGUUAUUUUUUUGUCAAUUAAAAAAAGUUAAAUUAUUAAUUGUUAUAUAGAUUCUAAUUUUUGUUUUGAUGAAUUCACAUUUGUAUAAGUCAUCUUUUGUCAUUAUUUUUAUUUUUAACAUUGGAAUUAUCAAAAAAUUGUUUAAAUCAUGUUACAUUAAUAAAGAUCUUAUAAAACGAAAUUUUCAUAGAACGUUUUGCAUAUUAUAAAUCUAAAGCAGGAAAACUGCAAGUAACAAAUCUUUUGAAUAUUGGGCAUCCUUUGCAUCUCUUGCAGGGUUUGUAAAUAUAUAUUGGAAAAAUUGAUAAUUCAAUAAUAAUUAUGGUCUAACGAAUGUAGUAUAUGUGAUACUGUAUUUAAGUAAACUCGAAGAGACAAAAUAUAUGUAACAAAAAAGAUUUAUAUAUAUUAUAGAGAAAUAUUAAGUUAAUAAAAAUAAGCAAUUACAUUUGUUUUAUAUAAGUAACAAAACACUCUAAUAAUUGGAAGAAAGUUAAAUUAUAUAUUUUAUUUCAAAUAGAUUUGUCUUAUAAUUUUCAUUCUCUUUCUCUCUAGUCUGUACAAUCGCAAUUAUAAAUAAAAUAAUUUAUAUUCAUAGAUUAAUGUAAUAUUUUAAAAAUUAUACAUAAGCACAGUAAUUAGUGUGAUAUCAAUAUACUUUUCAUAUACUCUAUAUCAAUUUUAGUGGUUGCACAAUAUUCUUUUUUUAAUCAUAAUCUCAAAAAAAAUUAAUCUGUUAGUUUCACUUGACAUCAUAAGAAAAUUUUAAAAAAUGAGAGAGAGAGGGAGAGAGAAUGAAGAAAAGAGCAAUUUGGCAUAAAUGCCAAAUAUAAUCUAAAGUCUUGUGUAAAUCCGUCAUCUAAAUAUAAAGAUAAGAUUUAGCGAUUUUUUGCGGACUAAACCGCAGACUUGUAUAUCCCCUUAAAUAGUCCUGCCAUUAUGGGUAACUGGGAUAAAGUAUAUGGGCUUGGCAGCCUAAAACCUGCUCUCUAUCAUCAAAAGAAAAAGACUAACCCAGACCUGUAGAACUGAUGUGACUUGAUUACAUUCCUCGUUGUUGUCAAUAGAACAUGUAAUAAAGCGUAUUAAUUUAUAGGUCUUCAGUUUCACUUUUAUGUAUAAUUCAUAAGCAAAAUCUAACUACUUUUGUGACGUGAUGGGAUUGAGGUAUCAACGUUGAAUGAAGCAUUUCUCUGUAACGUUAUUACAAGUUACCACUUUAUAUUCAUAAAAUAACUUACACAGUAACAAUAAUUUAAACAACUUCUUGUAUCACUAAUUUAUAUAAUUUCAGAUGAAUAAACAUAUUGCGUGUUACUUAA